AUGUUCACUCCAAAGAUCGAUCCAAAUCAAGGAGAAUAUUUAAUUUUUCUCGAUCAUCUGGCAGCUAUUAGGAGGUUACUCGACGCCGAGAACACGUCAGGCACGUGCCCUAGCUGUGAAAUGCCCUUCGACAAGGGUAAAAAACGUAGACUUAUCGAUAACUGCGGCCACGAAAGAUGUUACUCCUGUAUGUUCACCAACGAAGCGUGUCCUUUAUGUUCCCUCAAUGGCUCUAUCUCUAAUUCAGACGAACCUAACCUUCGAGAUAUGAAGUGCAAUAUGCUGAAAGGGUCGGAGAUCACACUCUAUGGAGAAACACCAGCCAUUCAUAUAGAAAAAGCAGACAAAGCACAACCAAGAACCAAAGUAAAAACAAACGGCCACUUCAGCAAUCUCAUGCAGGGUAGGCAAGAGUUAUCUCCCACUCGCAGCGAGAUUGGACACCCAGAGAAACUACCAAAGAUCCGUCCGAAAAACGCGAAGAAUCGCCUGGAGCAGAAUGUAAUGACCCAGAGCUGCCCCACGCCGCCCCAAUCCAGACGGAAGUUCUUUCUCAACCCCAAAGCGAUAAGAAGCCCGUUUUUAGGGCGGGGGUGGAGGCAGCAAGCAGACGGAGCCAUGUCAGCCUCUAUGACGUCAUCAGCGACAUCUACAGAAGGAAAACAUUGGCCCAGCGUCGUUUUGGGGAAAAUUCGUUCGCUUUGGAAAGCGGGGCAUAGCGGUCCCGGUGCCGGACUGAACCAGUUGGCCUCAGAUGAUGAGGCUUCUCUCAAAACCCCAUCGGCCAAAAAAUCUUCGGAAAACGACAUGUACAUGCGACUUGGACUUCUACUAGGCGAUGGAGCAAGAAGAUCCAAAGGUAACCAAGGUUAUAAUCUCGAAUCAUGCUCGUCGUUGGCCAGUUAUGAAACUAGUGCCAUGAUGUCGACUAACACCAGUCCAGUGUCUACACUAACGGGUAGCUCAGAAGACCCUCACAGGACAAACCCUAGUUCUGAUAGUGUAGCAUCAUUAAUGUCCAUGUCAAUGUCUGGGCAAAGCAACUGCAGUACUAGCCCAGUUAGUAGAAGACACAGCGUAACCACUGCUCAGCCAGGUCAAAUAGAAGAUCUCAAUUUAUUUAAGAAUAGAAGAACCUGUAUUCGACGAUCAGCUAGGACUGGUAUCGUCAUCAAAGGAGCCAUCGACCCAAAAAUUCGAUUCGCCCAGUAUAAAGCACCUCAAUUAACACUGAAGCCGUUGUUUUUCGAGGUACCUCUCCAAGAACCCGAUCCCCUAUUUCUCGGAAGGCAUUGGCUUUUCAAAAAAAUGGAAGAAAUUAUUGGUUCUCCAGGUUGUGGAGUUCUAUUAACAGGCAACACUGGUACCGGCAAAACAGCCUUAAUUCUACAACUCGUCGAGUAUAGCUGUUUCGGUCGAAGAAAGGAACCUUUGUAUCAAUCUGUUCAUUCGCCAGAACGCUCUAGAAGCCCUCCAUCCACUAUAUACGGUCCUAUCGAUUUAGUCUCCGAGAAGAUUAAAAAAUUAGCUAGUACCAUAGUGGCUUACCACUUUUGUCAAGCAGACAAUAACAAUACGUGCCUUGUUCCUGACUUUAUCCAUUCCUUAGCGGCGCAGUUAUGCCAAGCGCCGCAACUAGUCGCUUAUAGAGAGCAUUUAUUGAACGAAACUACGCUUCAAAAUGUGUUGUCUCUAAAAGAAUGCAUUGCGAAUCCCGAUGUAGCCCUUACAAGAGGCAUACUUGAGCCUCUUUCAAGUUUGAAAAGGGUUGGAAAAAUCGAUAAUAUUACUUGUACAAUUUUAGUAGAUGCACUUUGCGAAGCUGAAUAUCAUAGAUCAGAUAACGGUGAUACAAUUACGACGUUCCUUCUAAAACAUAUUCCAAACUUUCCGCCUUGGUUGAAAGUAGUCGCCACUGUAAGAACUCAGCUUCAAGAAUUGACAAAACAGUUUCCUUUUACUAGAAUAAGUCUGGAUAACACUCCUGUAAAUGAAAAUAUCCAAAAAGAUAUUUUAGGAUAUAUCAAUUUUAGGCUACAAAACAGUCCGAGUAUACAAAGCAACAUUACAUUAUCUACGAAUGGAAAAGUCGAAAGUGGAAGUGUAUCGCAACACAAAUUUUCGCAACAUUUACUAAAUCUAUCGCAAGGUUCCUUCCUGUUUGCAAAAUUAACUUUAGAUUUAUUAGAACGUGGACAGCUGGUAGCAAAAUCAUCGGGCUACAAAGUUCUUCCUGUUACAUUGUCACAGAUUUACUUGCUUCAUUUUAAUUUAAGGUUUCCCACAAUAAGAUCCUUCGAAAAAGUGACGCAUAUCCUUAGUGUCUGCCUUUCUGCAUUAUAUCCUUUAACUCUGCUAGAAAUUUUUUACUCAGUAAAUUCACUUCUAGUUGACAAUUUUCUCGCUUGGAAGGAAUUCCUACAACGGUUCAAGUUACUAUCCGGUUUUCUUGUCAAAAGACUUGAUAACACAUACAUGUUAUUCCAUCCAUCGUUUAGGGAAUGGCUGAUACGCAGAGAUGAGAACGAAGCAACCAGAUUCCUGUGCGACCUGCGAUCAGGACAUGCUGGUAUUGCCUUCAGAUUAUCUAGAGUUCAAACACCUCUAGACCCUGAAAAAACUCUCGAGUUAGGUCACCAUAUUUUAAAAGCUCAUGUUUAUAGAAACAUGUCUCUUCCAACACUGACUUCUAGAGACCUACAAGCUUUUUGGGUGUGUCAAAGUUCGGAGAAUGUGUCCGAGGCUGUAUGUCACAUCAGAAACAUCUACAGUCCCAACGUAAAAGUUUCGAGGCUUCUUUUACUUGCUGGCGCUAGUCCUAAUCACAUAACAGACUUCCUCGGUAAAUGCCCAGUAUUAUGCGCCUACGCUAACGAAGGAAACGUUCCAAUGGUCUCUCUUCUACUGGAAUUUGGAGCCGAUGUUGAACUAGCCAACAGUCAAGGUCAGACAGCGCUAUCCAUGGCGUCAUCGAAAGGACACUGUGACGUAGUAAGACAGCUGAUAGCGGCUGGAGCUAGUCCGGGUCACGCGGACGCUGUUGGGUACUGUCCUUUGGUCCACGCAGCUAGGAACGGAUGUCUAAAUGUAGUGGGAUAUUUGCUGGCUUGCGAUUGGAUAUUGAAAACGGAAAACGAUGUGGAACUUGCCGAUGCUGCCCAGCAAGCACUUAUUGCAGCGUCUGGACAAGGGCACACGGAAAUAGUCGAAUACUUGUUGGAUAUGGCGGAAGUAAAUGCUGACAUUCCAGAUUCUAUUACGGGUGAAACAGCACUUACCGUGGCAUCUGCGAACGGUUGCCAUGCAGUUUGCUCAGCACUCAUGAGUAGAGGAGCUAGCAUAUCAAUUACCAAUAAAAAGGAUCUUACACCGUUACUGAUAGCCGUUAAGGAAGGCCACUGGGCUGUUGCAGAAAGACUCAUACAGAACCACGCAGCUAUUGAGCAGCAGGACACCGCAGGACGGUCACCUCUUAUGAUAGCAGCUUCUGAAGGACAUCUUGGUCUUAUAGAUCUCUUAUUAGAUAAAGGUUCAGAUAUAAAUAAAACGGACAAAGAAGGCAUGACUCCCCUUUGUUGGGCUUGUCUUAGAGGGAAACUUCAGGCUGCUCAAAGUCUAGUUGAAAGGGGCGCUGAUAUCAAUCAUAACGAUAAAACAGGAAGGACGCCUCUUGAUCUAGCGGCGUUUCAUGGCAAUCCCACGCUUGUUCAGUACUUGCUCGACAGGGGCGCUCAAAUCGAACACGUGGAUAUCAAUGGCAUGAGGCCGCUGGAUAGGGCGAUCGGUUGCAAGAAUGUGCAGGCGGUGCAUUGUUUUUUGAAGAAGGGGGCUAAGUUGGGACCGGCGACGUGGGCCAUGGCUGCAGGCAAGCCAGAAAUAAUGCUCAUUCUUCUCAACAAGCUUCUGGAAGACGGUAAUGUGCUCUACCGAAAAAGCAGGUUGAGAGAAGCGGCCCAUCGCUAUCAAUACGCCCUAAAGAAAUUUCCCAGCGACGACCAAGGUGAACACAAUCAAGCAUUCCAUCAGCUCCAAAUCAAUUUCCUACUAAACUACUCUAGAUGCAAACGAAAACUGAACGAACCCGAAGAAGCAAUCGAAUUAGCUAACGAAGCCCUAGCGAUGAAACCCGAAUCGUACGAAGCUCACUACGCCUUGUCAAAGGCCCGCCUAGAUUUAGGCGAAUACGAAUGCGCACUAAGGGAUGCGCACGAAGCUCAGAAAUACGCUCCGGCGCAAAACACCGAAGUUAGACGAGUGUUAGCUUAUCUGCAAGAAGAGAUCGUCAACAAGCUAUCGCCUGGCAACAGAAUGGCAGCUCAUAGGAAUUUUGCUGUGUCUGUGGAUACUUUACAUCAGUGAUUAUUUAGUAGCACAAAACUACAGUAUAAAUUUAUAAUAUUGCACAUAAGUUGAACAUCAAAUGAAUAUUUUUAUAUACUGUAUAAAUUUCUGGUUAAAAAAUAACGUCAUGUAAUCUUUCAAAUUUGAAAACAAGAAUAGUCCAGAAAGAUAAUUUGGACUUUAUUAUCUUUACGUUUAAUAAGUUAUUAUAAUGUCUCUAUUACUAUAACAUUAAUACUUUUCAAGUACGUGUCUGUUCUAUUCAUAAAAAUAAAAGUUGAAAAUCAAUAUUUUAUUACAAAAUGUAUACUAUUUCCGUAAGUUUUUUAAUAAUAUCGUUGAUUGAAAGAAAUGGGAAGAUACGCAACCUAAUGGGUGAAUUCGUGACAAGCCUGAUUUGAUUUCCCCUUACGUCUCAAGUGCUGUACGGUGGAGACACCAAUCGUUCUGCGGUCAACGCGUAAAACACUCAUUUUCUCUAAUUCGGUCAGUGAAGGGAUGUCGAAAACGAUGUCGAACAUUGUUGCCAUAUUAAAAUGUGUAAUGUCUGUAAUACGUUUGAUGAAAAUAAUUUUUGGAUGAAAAAUCCCUGUCUAUAUAUUGAAAAUGUAUUCGUGUUAAACAUAGAAUAAACAACAAAAAUAAUAAUUCUUUUGUAGGUGCUGAAUAUGUCAUAUGAUCGGAAAAAGUCUUUUAGUUGGCUUGGAAUGACAAUUAUUUAUAUUUGCCAUAAUAUUGACGCCGGUCUUUGUUUAAUCAUAUAAUAUUAUAUUAAAUUGUUUAAUAAUAGGAAAUCCGUAUUAUUAACGUAAUGUACCCAAAAUCCGUAAAUCUACGGAUUUAUCAGUAGUUCUGGCAACACUGUCUCCGGCCACCACUUACUCUGUCGACUGAAAGCAGAACUAUGGUAUAGUAUUCUUUAUCCGUUGCACUGUAAACGACUAUCAGUGCGCAGCGGCGCAAAGCUAAACUAAAUCUCGGACAGGCUGACCGUAACGCCAGCUACACCUCGGACAGGUUUUGUGCCACGAAAUUGCCUCUAAGGUUGCGCAUCUUCUUAUUUCUUCAAUCACUAAAUUUUAGCUCUUAUCUAUACUCUCUUAAUUCUUAGUAAAAAUUACAUUCUCUGUUUACAACGAUGAAUAUUUUCCGAGAAAUUUAAAAUAUAUGUAAAACGCGUAUGUCAAAUGUUAUUAAAUACUUAAUUUUACAAGAGAUAUGUAAAGUGUGGUGUUAUUUUUUAAGCAGAAAUUUGCUAAAAAAGAUGUUAAGAAAACAUCUAAGUUGAUGCGGGCUUGUACUAUACUGAUGAAUUGUAAACUUUUUUAUAGAGACAACAAAUUUCUUCUAUUAUUCGGAUCUCAUAGUUUUAUCUAACAUAAACGUGAUAUGUGUUUUAACUCAUCUUUAAGCAAAUCUGCAUUUCUAUAAAAUAUCUUAUGUAAAUCUUAAACAUGAUAAAUAAAAUGUUUAUUUCUGACUAAAAAGUACUUCGUAGCUAUGAAAUAAAAAUACUUACAAUGUAUAUGAUCAUAUGCCUCUUUAUAUUAGAUAAAACUAAAGAAAAAUAGAAAAAUUGUACUAAACCAAUCUAUAGAAAUUAUUUGGAAAAAUAUACAGUGUUUUGAUAAUUAUCCAACGUUUAGUGCCUUACGAAGUGCGUUAUAAUGAAAAGAAAAAGACUGACUAAGAAUUGAUAACUCUAACUAAUUGAUAACUCUAUUUUGUGAAUAUAAGUAACCCUAAAUUAGAAGAACGAAAAUCAUUACCGUGUAAAUAGCUCUAGUUGUUUUUAAAAUUACUCCUUAAUUUAUAUAUGUUGUUAUUUUGUUUGUGUUUUUAUUUCGUCAUUCCUCGGGAUACAGCCGUCCCGCUAUUGCAAUUUUUUUGUGUUAUUUUAUUUAAUAUAUUAGACUAAACUAUGCUCUCAAAUAAAAUAGAAAAAUAAACGUAUAUAUUUUAUAAUUAUUUUUAAUUGUUAAUAUUUGUAGGUAGCUGUAUAAUAUACACGGGUCAAAAAAUUAAACCUAAUAAAUAAAAAAUUAACCGAAAUAAAGAAUAUUUAUUAUUCCUCGUAAUAAUAUUUAUAUACGAUUGAUAUAUUUUGUAGUAAAUUUAGAUUUGACUUAUAUGUUUCUCUAGCAAGUGGUAAAAAAUUGAAUUAUUUGUAUCAUUCUAUUUAUUAUUAUUUUUUUAAUUUAUAUUUUUGUUUAGGAUCUUUUCUUGCCAAGCAAUGAAUGUGAAAUUUUGUCUGGGACAGUAUUUUUAAUUUAUUUUUCGUUUCGGCAGUUUGACUGUGUGAGUUUUUAAGUAAAUAUUUAUUAUUGAACUUUGUAAAAGCUUUAAGCGCUAUAGAAGGAAUUAAAAUGAAUAAACAGUAUAAAA